AUGGCUGAAGUAUAUUUUGAGGUUUCUAAGAGAAAAGAAAAAUUGGAUCAGGAUGGUUGUAUAGAGUUAUUUUUUGAUAUUGAAGAAGAGAUUAAAAAAAAAAUUGGUGAAUUAGAGAUAACACAGGGAGAAAAUCACAUUCACCCAAAAUGUCAAGAGAUAGAUAAAUAUUUACAAGAACAAAAAAAUAGUCAUAAUGAAUGUUAUCAAGGUUCAUUCAAAAGUUAUGUCACAGAUAUUGAGAAAAAAACUAACGCCUUAUUAUCACAGUCUAGCGUAUAUUCUAAAUAUUGUAUAAGUUCGACAUCUAAGGGUGAAGAACAUACUAAACCAAAAGUUGCAACAGAGGAAUUAGGGGAAGAAAAAGGAAAGCCUGCAUCAGAAAGAACACCUGUCAAAAAUCCCAGUCAAAGAACAUCAAGUUGCAGUGGUAAACCAUGUAAAGACGAAUCUUCAGAAAAUCCACCGUUACCCGUAGCAAAUCAAACAGAUGGCCCUGGAUCUUCAACAGGUAGUGCAACAAUUACAUCAAGACCCUCAGAAGGAAGAACCGUAACAGUUAAUUCUCCUUCUGCUGAGUCUACUACGUAUGAAAUUGAAAAGGAACCUUCUGGUACAUGUAAAGAAAAAGGUUGUCCUUCGGAAGACCUACCAUCUCCAGGCCAUUCCACAACUGAAGGAAGUGAAGCUCGUCCAACUGUUCCUUCUUCAGUAAGUGGUUCUGUUAACGAAUAUAAUUCCGCAUUUAUCCCUCAAAAAUAUGUAGCAGGAUUGAAAACUAUUCAUAGUAAAACUCAUAAUCGUGAAAAUACUCAAUGUGAGGCUACUGAAGAUCAAUAUACAACUAAUGGGAGUGAUGACCCUGUUAUUAUUAAGCUUCAUGAUUGUAAAAAUGAAAAUAUUGAAUAUACCAUUUUAGAAAAUCCUAAUAAUAAAACUCAGAGCGCUCUAGAUAAUUCUCAAAUUAUUCUUCAACCGGAUGCUCUUCUUCUUCAAAGUCCUAGACGACAACAAACAAUUUCUGAAAAAUCGACAUUCCCUGAAAAACAAAAAUUUCCAGAACCAAUCCAAACUAAAGAUAAAUUAGGAUAUGCUCUACCGCAGUUAUCGGAUUAUGGUAAAUUGAAUAUUGAAGAAUUACCUGAUUUACAGAUAACAUCAGAUCAUCACGUAACAGUGAAACAAUCGGGAAAUUCCUUUCCUCAUGUUCUAGAAGGCUCUAAAAGUCCUUUAAAAAGUGUUCACACACGUGAUGACACGGACUACGAAGAAUCAAAUUUAUAUAUCAACGAAGAUGGAAGUGGUCAUCCUAAUGGAGAAUACCAGCAGAACAAUGCAUUUACCAGAAAUAGUUUAGGUGAAACUUUAAAUUCAGGCAACGGAAUUGUAAGUAGUGAAGGUUCAAUGUUUGAAGCAGCUGAUGCAUCACUUGAAGGACCUUCCCUAAAAAAUUAUAUCACAAUGAUUGCAAUGAUAUUGGGAGGAAUUCUAUUCUGUGCUCUUCUUUCAAAAGUAAAAAUAAAUCUUUUAUAUUGA